AUGCAGUCGCGGCUCCUGCUCCUCGGGCCGCCUGGCGGCCCUGGGGCCGCGCGGCGCGUGCGGCUGCUCCUGCGGCAGGUGGUGCGGCGCCAGCCGGGAGGCGCCGCGCCGCGCUCGGAGGCCAGGCUUCUGCACGCAGGGGCGGGGGCCGGCUCAGGUGAUACAGUUAAUAUUGGAGAUGUAUCCUACAAGUUGAAAAAUCCUAAGAACCCAGAACUUGUGCCACAAAACUACAUCUCAGACUCUCUGGCUCAAUCAGUAAUUCAACAUCUAAGAUGGAUAAUGCAGAAGGAUCUUUUGGGGCAAGACGUCUUUCUAAUAGGACCUCCUGGGCCUCUUCGACGCUCUAUUGCUAUGCAGUACCUGGAGCUGACCAAAAGGGAGGUUGAAUACAUUGCCUUGUCAAGAGACACCACUGAAACUGACCUCAAACAGCGGCGAGAGAUCCGUGCAGGCACGGCUUUUUACAUCGAUCAGUGUGCAGUUCGUGCAGCCACAGAAGGAAGAACACUCAUCCUGGAAGGCUUGGAAAAGGCGGAGAGGAAUGUUCUGCCGGUUUUGAACAACUUGCUGGAGAACAGGGAGAUGCAGCUUGAGGAUGGACGCUUCCUGAUGUCUGCCGAGCGUUACGACAAACUUCUCCAAGAUCAUACAAAAACAGAAUUGGAUGCUUGGAAGAUUGUCCGAGUUAGUGAAAAUUUCCGAGUCAUUGCCUUGGGCUUGCCAGUGCCCAGGUACUCUGGGAAUCCAUUAGAUCCCCCACUGCGGUCUCGAUUUCAAGCCAGAGAUGUUUAUUAUCUGCCCUUCAAGGACCAACUUAAACUGUUAUAUUCAGUUGGAGCCAAUGUUCCUACUGAAAAAGUGUCUCAGCUCUUAUCCUUUGCCACCACUCUCUGUUCCCAAGAAUCUUCUACCCUCGGACUUCCAGAUUUUCCUUUAGAUAGUCUACCAGCUGCAGUUCAAAUCCUGGAUUCCUUUCCUAUGAUGUCAGUCCAACACACGCUCCAGUGGCUUUACCCAUACACUGUGUUACUGGGCCAUGAAGGGAAGAUGGCUGUGGAAGGGGUUUUAAAACGCUUUGAACUUGAGGAUUCAAGAAGGUCUGUGCUUCCUGAGAAGAUUGUGAGAGUGGAAAGGACGACCGAAAACAAUGUCUUCCAAGCUUCUGUGACCAUCCGGAUUGCAGAAAAAGAGGUGACCAUCAAGGUACCAGCUGGGACUAGGCCAUUAAGUCAGCCUUGUACAUCAGACCGUUUUAUACAAACCUUGAGCCAUAAACAACUCCUGGCUGAAAUGAUGCAGUCUCACAUGGUUAAGGACAUAUGUCUAAUUGGAGGAAAAGGUUGUGGAAAAACAGUCAUCGCUAGGAACUUUGCAGAUACCUUGGGAUACAAUAUAGAACCUAUCAUGCUGUAUCAGGAUAUGACAGCGCGUGAUCUGCUACAGCAGAGGUACACGCUUCCAAAUGGAGACACUGCCUGGCGGUCCUCGCCCCUGGUAAACGCUGCUCUGGAAGGAAAGCUGGUUCUCCUGGACGGCAUUCACAGAGUCAGUGCCGGGACGCUUGCCGUGUUACAGAGGCUGAUCCAUGAUCGGGAGCUAAGCCUCUAUGACGGCUCCAGGCUGCUGAGAGAGGAUAGGUACACGCGCUUGAAGGAGGAGCUGCAAGUGUCUGAUGAGCAGCUACAGCAGAGAUCGAUUUUUCCUGUUCACCCCUCCUUCAGAAUCAUCGCCUUGGCAGAACCCCCUGUUAUUGGAAGCACAACACAGCAGUGGCUGGGGCCAGAAUUCUUAACCAUGUUCUUUUUCCAUUACAUGAAACCACUUGUCAAAAGUGAAGAAAUCCAAGUGAUUAAGGAAAUGGUCCCAGAUAUGCCUCCGGUAGCUUUGGACAAAUUGUUGUCAUUUACGCACAAACUCAGAGAGACACAGGAUCCAACAGCGCAGUCACUGGCGGCGUCCCUUUCUACCAGACAGCUGUUGAGGAUUUCUCGUCGGCUGUCACAGUACCCUAACGAGAACCUUCACAAUGCUGUCACCAAAGCCUGUCUUUCCAGGUUUUUACCAAGCCUUGCAAGGUCAGCAUUAGAAAAAAAUCUGGCAGAUGCUGCAAUAGAAAUAAGUACUGCUAAUAGUCCAGAGUCUGAUUUGGAGGAUUACAAAUGUGAAAUCUCUUCUGGAUCUCUGAGGAUUGGCGCGGUUAGUGCACCAAUCUAUAAUGCCCACGAGAAAAUGAAAGUGCCUGAUGUUUUGUUCUACAACAACAUCCAGCAUAUGAUAGUGAUGGAAGAUAUGCUCAAAGACUUUCUUCUUGGAGAACACCUAUUAUUGGUUGGAAACCAGGGUGUGGGAAAAAACAAGAUUGUUGAUAGAUUCCUUCACCUGCUCAACAGACCCCGAGAAUAUAUCCAGCUGCACAGGGACACCACAGUCCAAACACUUACUCUUCAGCCUUCUGUUAAAGAUGGACUUAUUGUAUAUGAAGACUCACCUUUGGUUAAAGCAGUAAAAUUGGGUCAUGUUCUGGUAGUAGAUGAGGCAGACAAGGCUCCAACAAAUGUCACCUGUAUUUUAAAAACUCUGGUAGAAAAUGGAGAAAUGAUUCUAGCAGAUGGACGACGCAUUGUCGCAAAUGCUGCGCUAGUCAAUGGAAGAGAAAAUGUUGUAGUGAUUCAUCCUGAUUUUAGAAUGAUUGUUCUGGCCAACAGACCUGGAUUUCCUUUCCUAGGCAAUGAUUUCUUCGGUACCUUAGGUGAUAUUUUUAGCUGCCAUGCAGUGGAUAAUCCCAAACCCUACUCGGAACUUAGGAUGCUCAGGCAGUACGGCCCAAAUGUGCCCGAGCCCAUCCUUCAGAAGCUUGUUGCUGCCUUUGGAGAGCUAAGGAAUUUAGCUGACCAGGGUAUUAUUAACUACCCUUAUUCUACCAGAGAAGUUGUCAACAUAGUCAAGCAUUUGCAGAAAUUUCCCACUGAAGGUCUCUCCAGUGUGGUUAGGAACGUGUUUGACUUUGAUUCCUACAACGACGACAUGAGGGAGAUUUUGAUUAACACUUUGCACAAAUACGGAAUACCAAUUGGAGCAAAACCAUCCAAUGUGCAGCUGGCGAAGGAGUUGCCUCUGCCGGAGCAGACCUUCAUGGGCUACUGGACAAUUGGUCAGUCAAGAAAUGGAAUGCAAAAACUGCUGUGUCCAGCAGAAACUCAUCAUAUAGACGUUAAGGGUCCAGCACUUAUACACAUACAGGAGUAUCCAAUAGAAAGACAUGAAGGAAGAUCCCAAACCUUUACUGAAGAAUGUAGCUCCUGGAGGUUACCAUUGGAUGAAAUUAACUUAAUCUGUGAUGUCGCUACAACACAUGAAAAUGAGGAAAAUACUCUCUAUGUAGUUGCAUGCAAUCCCGUGUCCUUAUACUUUAUGAAUAUGACUGGGAAAAGCGGCCACUUUGUGGACCUUUUCGACAUCUUCCCGAGAACGGCCAGUGGAAUCUGGCACCCAUUUGUGACGGUGGCACCGCUGGGAAAUCCCCUAAAGGGUCAAGUGGUUCUCCAUGAGCAGCAGAGCAAUGUCAUCCUGUUGCUGGAUCCUGCUAGCCAAGCCCUUCACCGUCUCAUCCUACCUUCAGAAGAAUUUACAAUGAAGAAAACUUCCUGGUGGAACAAGGAGGAAGCUGAAACUUACAAAAUGUGUAAAGAGUUUUCACACAAAAACUGGCUAGUGUUCUACAAAGAAAAAGGGAACACCCUGGCUGUGCUGGAUGUUCUAGAAGGGCGAACUCACACCAUCUCGCUUCCCAUCAACCUCCAGAUGGUUUUUCUUGUAGCAGAAGACAAAUGGCUUCUAGUGGAGAGUAAAACAAAUCAGAAGUAUCUUUUAACUACACCUGCACACAUAGAAUCUAAGGACAGCGGGGUUUGCCAGUUGUAUGUGUUGAGAGAGGAGCUUCCUAGCCCAGGGUUUGGAGUCAUGCAAGAAACAGACCGCAGCAUACCUCAUACAAUUUCAAGUGAUCAACUGUCAUCUGAAAAUCUGAGUUUAGCUGUGGGACAAAAGAUUGCCUCUCCAAACCGAAUUCUCUCAGAUAAGAAUAGUUAUGCUACAAUUGUUGUUGGUUUCCCAGAUCUCAUGUCACCUAGUGAAGUUUAUUCCUGGAAAAGGCCAUCAUCUUUGAGUAAAUCAAGAGUCACUGAUACAACUUUCUAUGGAGGAAAGAAGAAAAGUGGAACCGCAAAACAGAGCAAUUGUGUAACUCUUUUGGAUACUAAUCAGAUAGUCAGGAUUUUGCCCCCAGGAGAAGUCCCUCUAAAAGACAUCUACCCUAAAGAUGUUACCCCUCCACAGACAGCUGGGUAUAUAGAAGUUACUGAUCUCCAGGCCAAGAGACUUCGAUACAUCCCAAUUCCCGGGUCAGACUCUCUCUCACCGUAUACCACAUGGCUGUCUACUAUCUCGGACACAGACGCACUGCUAGCCAAGUGGGGCAGAGGUGGUGUUGUCACUGUUGAUAUGGGAGGCCGUGUCCGGCUUUGGGAAACUGGCCUUGAGCACCUGCAGCGGUCACUCAUGGAAUGGAGAAACAUGAUUGGAGAAGGUGAUAGACACAUGCAGAUAACAAUCGAAAGAGCGAGCGGUGAAGACGUGAGUUCCCCCAAACAUGGGAAGGAGGACCCAGACAACAUGCCACAUGUGGGUGGUAACACCUGGGCUGGCGGCACAGGUGGAAGAGACACCGCAGGCCUGGGCGGCAAGGGAGGUCCUUACCGGCUGGACGCAGGCCACACAGUCUACCAGGUCUCUCAGGCUGAGAAAGACGCUGUUCCUGAGGAGGUGAAGAGAGCUGCGAGAGAGAUGGGCCAGAGAGCGUUUCAACAGAGGCUAAAGGAGAUCCAAAUGAGUGAAUAUGAUGCUGCCACCUAUGAAAGGUUCUCAGGGGCUGUUCGACGACAGGUGCACUCCCUCCGAAUUAUCCUGGAUAAUUUACAGGCUAAAGGUAAAGAAAGACAGUGGCUAAGACACCAGGCUACUGGGGAGCUAGAUGAUGCCAAGAUCAUUGAUGGGCUGACUGGAGAAAAAGCCAUCUACAAACGCCGGGGUGAGCUGGAGCCACAAAUGGGCAGCCCUCAACAGAAACCCAAGCGCCUGCGCCUGGUGGUAGACGUGUCGGGCAGCAUGUACCGCUUCAACGGGGUGGAUGGCCGGCUCGAGCGCUCGAUGGAAGCUGUGUGCAUGGUCAUGGAGGCCUUCGAGAACUAUGAGGAGAAGUUUAAGUAUGACAUCGCUGGACACUCUGGAGAUGGAUACAACAUUGGUCUAGUUCCAAUUAACAAAGUCCCCAAGGACAACAAGCAAAGACUAGAAAUUCUCAAGACGAUGCAUGCCCACGCUCAGUUCUGCAUGAGUGGGGACCACACCUUAGAGGGGACAGAACAUGCCAUCAAGGAAAUCGUCAAAGAAGAAGCUGAUGAGUACUUUGUCAUCGUCUUAAGUGAUGCCAACCUGUCUCGCUAUGGAAUACACCCUGCCAAGUUUGCCCAGAUCCUGACAAGCAACCCUCAAGUAAAUGCUUUUGCCAUCUUUAUUGGAUCUUUAGGCGAUCAAGCAGCCAGGCUUCAGAGAACUCUACCAGCGGGCCGGUCUUUCGUUGCCAUGGACACCAAGGACAUCCCUCAGAUUUUACAACAGAUUUUCACCUCCACCAUGCUGUCUAGUGUUUAAGAAGUGCCCUUAUCACCCUGAUGACCCUGGGAUUUGAAAUAAGAUACAAAGAAAGAGUAUCCUGAAGAAAAGAAGAGGUCUAUCCAGUGUCUGCGUGCAAUGACCAGAUAAUUCUGCCAUUCCUGAGCCUUCCUGCACUUGCUAAGUAAUCAGAAUUCAGAGAAGCAGCCAGAGUGAGGCCCGUGCGCCACUGAUGUGUGAUCGCUAGAGGAAGCGAGUUGACCUGCAUUAUGUGAAAGGCCAGGGUUAAAGGAAGGUGGUUUGAGAAUGGUGGAGCAUGGUCUGUUUCCAAAAUCCUGAGGGAUGAAGGGGACCUUGCUGUUGCCUUAAUGCAUCAUCACUUGGUCACUUAGGAUAAAAAAAAGUGACCACGGUAAACGAAGCCUUUGAUGCCACAUUCUGACACUGGAAUGCAGCUCUAUGCAAACCCACCGAAUCCGCUCCUGUUCAGUAAUUAUUUUUAUUUUUUCCCUCCACUCUGUAUUGCCCAACAAACAAUGAUUUGAUAGUAUUCAACCCACUCAAAAGUCCUUUCAGCAGCGGUAUUCUAUAAAAGGUUGGGUUUUCUCAAUAAUUUCAUUGUCUUAGCCAAAACCAAAAGGAAUCGAAAGAUCCUUAGAGUGCUUCCUCUUCCAUGUGACUUUUAAAAGGGUUUUCAAAGAAUAAAGAACAAAUGCUGCUGGGAUCAGGAGGAUGAAGGAUGCCUUGCCUUGAGUUUCCUGUCUCUUCUCUUUCAGGGCUUCUCAGAGUUUCACAGUCCUCCAUUUUAGUGUCCAAAAUGUAGUAGCUCCAAAUGCUUUUUUUUUUUUUUUACAUAAAGUGAAAACAAGGCACUAUGUUUAAGCUUAAUGGUAACUGGAGAUUUCUUUAACUAUUUAAACAACAGCCUCGUUCCUUUUUUUAAAAAUUCAUUUCUGAUUGGAGGAUAAUUGUUUACAAUGUUAUGUUGGUUCCAGCCGUACAACAGUGUGAAGGAGCAUUAAGAAUCAUAUAUCCC